AUGAUAGUUGAUACUGUAAUCAAGAUUGCACAUGAAAGAUUCUAUACUAUAGCCAUUGGUGUUGGUAUUUGCCUUUUCAUGAGCCUUUUGGUUUUUCCUAUAUGGUCCGGUGAGGAUCUCCAUAAGACUACCGUCGCUAAGCUUCAAGGCCUCUCUCUUUGCAUCGAAGCAUGUGUGAAAGAGUACUUUGAAGAGGAGGAAAAAGACAAAGAAACAUCAGAUUUAUCAGAAGACACGAUCUAUAAUGGGUAUAAGUCUGUUUUGGAUUCUAAAUCCACCGAUGAAGCACUCGCAAUGUAUGCAAGUUGGGAGCCAAGACACACAAGACAUUGUCAUAGAUUCCCAUGGCAACAUUAUGUUAAAGUUGGAGCUGUUCUUCGUCAGUUUGGUUACACUGUUGUCGCUCUUCAUGGUUGCUUAAAAACUGAAAUUCAGACUCCAAGGUCAAUUCGUGUACUCUUCAAGGAUCCUUGCAUUAGACUCGCCGGAGAAAUCUGCAAGGUUUUGUCGGAACUCGCGGCAAGCAUUCAAAACCGACGUCACUGUUCGCCGGAGAUUCUUUCCGACAGUCUCCAAGUGGCAUUACGGGAUCUCAACUCCGCCAUCAAGUCACAACCUAAACUCUUCCUCGGCUCUAACGAAAACGGAAACGUUUCCCAAAACGGCAAUAGCGGUAGACAUAACCAAAACGCUGCGGUUUCGCAACAGAUCAAUAAAGACACAAACGACGCUAUCUCGCAUCAAAACGACACUGGAACGCCACGCGGCGAAAGCGGAUCGCGUUUGGGACCAAACGGUGCGAUUUCACGCCAAAACGCUGGAACGCCACGCGGAGAAAGCAGAUCGCGUUUUGGACCAAACGGUGCCGUUUCCUUUUCUAGACUGAGGUCUGAUACGUUAGAACGAAGAUCGACAGCAGCGACCGGAGAGAGACGUAUAUUGAGGCAACAGUUGAGCAAGAUUGUGGUGAUGACGAGUCUUGAAUUCUCGGAGGCGUUACCGUUUGCUGCGUUUGCGUCACUUCUUGUGGAAAUGGUGGCGAGGCUUGACAAUGUGAUCGAGGAAGUGGAGGAGCUGGGAACGAUCGCUUGCUUCAAGGAGUACGAUGGGAGCGUUGAUCAGACGGAUGUGGAGGUUCGAGUCGAGAAGCCGACGAAUCUAGUGGUUGGCGUGGAGUGA